GAAAGUCUAGAUUUUUGAAGAUGCGGGGAAGUAUUUAACGUUUGCGUCUGACUGGUGCUUUGGCUAUUGGUUAAGCGUGACGAUUGACGAUGUAAUUAUAUUCACCCAAUUAUGUCGCAGCCGCAAUCAACGGCGCUGCUGAUCCCGUUGCAGCAGCCAUCGCCGUUUCUGUUGCAACCACAACCACCGCCGAUGCCGCACCUAUUAUUGACAGUGUACAGCAGAGCCGCAACCAGUGGAUGCCCAUUCGCCCACGGUCCGCCAAUAUCACCCGGUGGCUGGCUGAGCAAAAUCGGGAGCAAGUGCAUCAAUAUCCAGUCUGCUGAUAAUCUCAAGCGCAUUGUCAGACUGAGCGGCUGGAUGCGCGAUGAGUUGACCGCGCAGCAGCAGCAGCAGUGCACAAUGGAAGACUGCCUGCAAACCUUCAGGGCCGGUGGAACCAAGAUCAAGAAUGGCAAAAAAGUGCCAUCAGGCAGGCAGAAGUGGAAUAAUCGCGACAUGGCUGUGGUGCUGAACUUUCGCGUCAUCCUCAAUCCCCUGCUUACAGGCGAGCGGCCUCCCCGUUUCUUGCGCAAAAAUGCAUCGUCAGAGUCGGCUGAAGCCGAGCCCACAACGACACCCGAGACUUUGCUCAAGCCAAAGCCCAAGCCCAAGCGUGUGGGCAAUAGUACAUUUGCCCCUGCUUCUUCUCUUCAAAAGAAGCAGCAAACUGGAUAA